GAGCAGUCCAUCCAAGUAAGGCGGUGCAAAAUUGGUUGCAUUAGGCCCAACAAAAUUUAUCCCAAUUCAAUCGCGCACAAAUCAAUCGUCGAUUUGUCAUUUGCGGAAGUCAAUUGAAUCGCCACCGUGCUCUCCGCCGUCGGCAACCUAUCUCCGGAGAAUUCAGCCGAUACUGUUUGAAAAGGUAAAUUUCUACAGGACUUGGUGUUAAGAGACAACCCUGAGUAUGCUUUCAGGAUUGAAAAUCAUACCACGCGAACACGUAGAAAAGGCAAAGGAUGAAAGCUUGGAUGAUUCUCGAAAACAGAGGAGGAGAUCUGGUCAUAAGAAGGAUAGGGAGAGAAAGAAAAAGAAAAAAUCUCGUUCCACUAGUUCAGAUGAUGAAGACCUUGAUAAAAUAAGAGCAAGGUCAAAGAAAAAGAAGUGGUAUGCCUCAGAUGAGGAUUUGUCCUCGUAUUCAGAUGGAAGUGAGAGUGAUAGUGCUUCUGAUUAUGAGAGAAAGAACAGUAGUAGGAAGACAAGUAAGAAGAGAAGAAGCAAGCACGGGAAAAGUAAAGAAAGAAGUCAAAGUUCUUCAUCUGAGUCUGAAAGUGAGAAAAGGAAGAGAAGUAAGAAAGACAGACAAAGUCGGAGAGAGGGUGAUGUACUGCAAAAUAACUUGCUUGAUAAUGACUUUGAUGGAUCUAAGUUGCGUAAUGAUCAUGAACUUAUGAGAAAAGAAAUGGGGUUGGAUUGGAUGCUGCGGCCUAAAGACAAUGUGGAUAAGAUUCCUGAAUCAGUUUCUAACUGUUCAGCCAAGGAGACUCCAGCUGAAGAGGUGACAAAAGUAAAUCCCAAAGAACUGAACCCAUAUUUGAAGGAUGGAGGAGGUGGUUAUCCUGAUGAUUCAGAAGGAACAAAGAGUGGUGGUAGCCAACUUCUGUCUUCUGCUAUUGUUGGUGAUGGAGGUGCAAGUUGGAGGCUUAAAGCCUUGAGACGAGCUCAAGAACAAGCAGAUCGGGAAGGACGGAAGCUUAAUGAGGUGGCCGCAGAACGCUGGGGAUCACUUAGUCAACUUGCGGUUUCUGUGUCUUCUGGUAAAGCUGCACCAACCCGUGCUCACCUUCAUGCUAUCAAACGGAGGCAAGGGGCAAUGGAUGACAAGGAAGCUGUUACAGACAAAAGAAAUCAGACUUAUGCUAGAAAGGAGACGUCCCCUGGUCGUUCAAAGAUGCGGAUGCCCACCAACCUUAAAGACUCUUUAUCAUGGCGCAAAGAGAAAAACCAGAACAUAUCCAAUGCAGAUGCGGGGCUUAUUGCCACUGCAAUAUCUAGUGUAAAUAAAUUCUCCAACGAUGGAAAUUUUAUGCGUGAAUUUAUGCAUGAAAAGAGCGGUGAUUCCAGCCUUGCUCCUGAUUCUUCAAAUCCAAAGUCAGGGGUCUUGGAAUCAAAACCAGAUUUACCAGUAUAUGAGAGAACAAGUGAAGAUGCAACAAAUAUCAAACCAGCAUUGACUGCAAAUCAAUUAGCUGCAAAAGUGAUGCAGCUUCGAAUGAAAGGGAUGCAUGAUGAAGCUGAAAAACUUCUGAAAGAAGCAGAGGAGAUGAAAACUAAACAAACUGCUAAUGAUGUGUUGAGUAGACCACGGAUAGAUGGGAGCACAAGCAGAUAUGUGAUGCAUGACCUAUCUGCUCGGCAAAAGAAUAAAGCGGAGGAUGCAGAUGUGCAUCUUGCUCAGAAGAUAGUGCAAAACAAAAAGUAUACUACAUAUGGUCAGGCAGAUGAUGAGUAUGAUUAUGAUGAUGGGCCGAGGAAAAAGUCCCGGAAGAAAGGAGGGGUGGAGAAUCAUAAAUCUCUUGAGACUGCUAAUCAUGCAAGGCGCAUUUUGACUCAGCAGGAGAGAUGCCAAUUCUGCUUUGAGAAUCCAACAAGACCAAAACACCUGGUGGUUGCCAUUGCAAACUUCAGUUACUUAUCACUGCCGGUAUGGCGGUCGAUUUCCCCGGGUCAUUGCUGCAUCUUGACAAUGCAGCAUGAAUCAGCUACAAGAUCUCUGGAUGAUAAUGUCUGGGAAGAGUUUAGGAACUUCAAGAAAUGCCUCAUUAUGAUGUUUGCGAAGCAAGAGAAGGAUCUUAUUUUUCUCGAGACUGUGAUGAGUUUGGCCCGGCAGAAGCGGCAUUGUUUGGUAGAGUGCAUUCCUUUGCCCAAUGAAGUUGCAAAGCAAGCACCCUUGUACUUUAAAAAGGCGAUUGAUGAAGCCGAAGAUGAAUGGAGUCAACACAAUGCUAAGAAACUCAUAGAUACAAGUGUAAAGGGUUUGCGGGCAUCAAUCCCAAAGGAUUUUCCCUACUUCCAUGUUGAAUUUGGCUUAAACAAAGGGUUCGUUCAUGUAAUUGACGAUGAAAACCAGUUCAGCAGCAGUUUCGGCCUCAAUGUGGUAAGAGGGAUGCUGAAGUUGCCACCUGAAGACAUGCAUCAGCAUCGACGGCGUGAAUCAGUUGACACACAAAGAGAAGCUGUUGCAAGUUUUGCCAGAGAUUGGGACCCUUUUGACUGGACUAAACAGCUUUGAUCGACUAACAUUAGGUGUAUGCACCUGUAUUCUACGCGUAAGUUUCUUAUUUUUAGCUUGAAAUAUGUUGAGGGAGGUUGUAUUUGUAAAGGAAAUGCAAUUG